AGUAACUCUAUCAAUUGGGUUGACGAAGACGAGCGACAAUCUGAUGGGGACUUUGAUUUCUGCGAUCAUCCACCACUGACCACAAGUGCCACAGACCAGUGGAUGCGCACAUGUUGUGGCUGAUGGAUGCCACGUGACUAAUUGCACCAGCCACAAACAAGCCACAUCACCGUCCAGAUCCCUCUCGCAGUGUGAACCCUGACAUCGAUGCGUUAUUAACACCAAAACUGAACAUGCUGUCGACGCCAAGUCAUGUAUGACUUUGAUGAACCUACAAAUCGGUGGAGCUGUUGAAUAUCUUCCGGACACUUAAUUGCCCACUGUACGCCCCUUAUCAUGGACAUUAAUGGAACGGAGACUUAGUCAUCAUCAUCCGGAAGUACCAUUUGUCCAUCUUAGUUUCGUAUAACGUUCGUCCACGAUGGACGAUCUCGCCGGCCUCGACUGGAGCUCCUCCAAACCAAGCAGUAACACGAAUCCACCCUCCCAGCAAACCGCUCUUUCCUUCCCGUCGCUCAAACCUACGCCAUCACCGUCGAGUUCCGGUCGCUCGACCCCCUUCUCCCUUCCGUCCAGCAACACCGGAAAUCAUACACCGAAGCUCAAGGUCCAACCGCGGAGCUCGACCCCUGCUACCGACAGCUUUGCGGGACUACUUUCACUCAAUUCCUCGAAGCCAGCAGCGGCCCAGCUGUCGCUACAAGAACAACAGAGGCGCCUACAGGAGGAGAAGCGUCGGAAAGAUGAAGAGCAGAGCAAAUUGUUUGGUGCGCAGUUUGGCGGCCAGGAAAAGUUCUGGGAUACUCUAGGAUCAAGGACGACGGGUGCGCCGAAGGUCGCUCCCCAGAAGCCACAGGAGGAGGAAGAUGAUAUCCUGGCGGCCUUUAAAUCUACGGCUCCGGUGGAUGCUUCAAGCCACUUCCCUCCUCCGAAGGGCACGUCGCCCCCUCCGAUACAAUCAAGCGAACAUGGGAGUCGGGGAACGAGUGAUCAGCGUAGCAGGCCCGCAAUAUCAGUAUCUGACCCGAUGGCCUUCAAUGAUGACGACGAUCCGUUUGGACUGGGCCAGAUGUCUCAAAAACCCCCAGCAGCCACACCACAACCUGCGACCACCGACGAUGAUAUCCUGGGGAUGCUUGGGCGACCGGUAUCCGAGAUGCCACCGCCACAACGGAGUGAGACUAAACCUGUAGAUGACUCCUCAGACGACGAUGGACCGCUAGGAAUGGAUCCAAAAGACAGGGCGGUGGCAGAACUGGUCGACAUGGGAUUCGAUGCCUCCAAGGCCGCGGAUGCGCUGGAAGAGACGGAGAAUGGUACGAAUGUCCAGGCUGCAGUUGGGAUCCUUCUCACCCGCGCGCAUGAAGAAUCAAAACAGAAGACAGGUGGAGGGGAGAAGGGAUCCGGGCGAUCGACGCCCCAGCAACCUGAACCACGGCAGUCAAAAGGCCGUCAGGAGCGAGAUGACUCGGGGGUACCGCCUUGGAUGCGGUCGGAAACCCAGAGAGGUUCGUCUGGGUCUCGGGAUCGUGACGAGGCAGGGCACGACCAAGAGAAAGACGUGGCUCAAUAUGCAUCGGAGAUUGGGUCGACUUUCCUGAAGUCUGCAAACUCAUUCUGGAAAACGGGGCAGAAGAAAAUGCAGAAAGCGGUGGCGGAAUUCCAACAGGAAGGGGAUCCGUCACAACCUCGGUGGAUGCGAGAGGCUCAAAGUGCUCAACGAAUGCCAGAGAGUCGACCCACGGCGCCGCGUGGUCGAGCCACAAAUAGUUCUAAGGAACAUGCCACCAAUGGCAAAGUAGAUAGCGGGGUGACCGAUGAAGCGAUGAUGCUGGAGGCGGGAAGCGCGCGUCCGUCGAAAGAGAGGCAAGAAGCACUUCCACACCGACCGGCAAGGGCAAAUGCAUCUCGAUCGCCUUGGGACGAACCGGACCGAAACCCCUUUUCGCGACCCAACUCCAGUCAGCCGGAACGCCAGGCACCAACUGGAAAAUUAACACGAGAACAAGUCGACGAGCAAACCGCUACCGCAUACGUAAGCCCAGCUCGGAGAAAGAAGGCCACCCCAGUCCCAGAACCGGAUCGUCGCCCUUCUCCGCUCUCCAACGCCUCCAAACCAUCAUCUCCUCCGGCUUCCCUCCAGUCGAAGAAUCCCUUCGCACAGCAGACGUCCAGCGCCCGCCCAGCACCCCCUCCUCGCCGUCCCUCGACGCCUCCCCGCCCGAAAGCACCACCCCGCCAAAUCCCACCCGUCUCCCCCUCUGCCCUCACCACCUCCACCACCCACCGCACCACCGGCACUGCUUCCUUCAAACGCGGCGACUACGCCUCUGCCCACACCUCCUUCACCUCCGCCCUCGCCCCUCUCCCCCGCACCCAUCCCAUCACCAUCCUCGUCCUCUGCAACCGCGCCACCACCGCCCUCAAAAUUGGCGACCCCAAAUCCGCCCUCGCCGACGCCGACUCCGCCCUCGCCCUCAUCGGCCCCGCCCGCGGCGUCGCCGAGCACAUCGACCUCCCUCCCGACGCCCCCGGCGCCGCCCCCUCCCGCAAAGACAUGCGCGACUUCUGGGCCCGCGCCACCAUGCGCAAGGCCGAGGCGCUCGAAAAUCUCGAGAAAUGGAAGGACGCUGCCGACGCGUGGCGCAUCGCCGUCGAGGCGGGCGUCGGCGGCAGCGUAAGCAUCCAGGGCCGCAACCGCUGCGACCACGCGAUCGGCGGCGGUUCAUCCACGACGUCAGCACCAUCAUCGGGCACCGCGACGAAGCGACCCACGCCCCGCCCGCAACCCAUCCCCAAACCCAAGCCCGCCAUGUCCGCGAUGGACGCGCUCGCGGGACGCCCGGCACCUAGCCACGCCUCCUCGGCAGAGGCGGUGCAGAAGCUUCGGGACGCGAACCGAGCGGCGGAACGGUUGGAAGACGAGAAGUUCGCGCUGGUGGACGCGGUGGAGGGACGGUUGGUGGCGUGGAAGGGGUCGCGGGCGGAGAAUCUGCGGGCGCUGCUGGGGAGUUUGGAGGGGGUAUUGUGGGAGGGGGCGGGGUGGCGGAAGGUGGGGAUGGGGGAGUUGGUGGUUCCCGGGAGGGUGAAGGUGGUGUAUAUGAAGGCGAUUGCGAAGGUGCAUCCGGAUAAGAUUCCGCAGGACGCGACGACCGAGCAGAAGAUGAUUAGCGCCGCGGUGUUCAGCACAUUGAACGAAGCGUGGGAUAAGUUCAAGAAGGACAACGGACUCUGAGCAUCUAGCGGAUACUAGAAUCAUGGGGAUUAUAUGGCAGUAGGUAGUACCGGAGAUCACACGAGUCGUGCGAAUGAUACUCAUGAAAUAGAUGAUUGUUAAGGUGUCGUAUUUCAUUUCGUAAUGCGCAGAUCGUGUGCGUAUAUAUGCCGUCAAAGUCUAUCCGUGAUGCCA